AUGGCGGCACACACCGACGUUGGCCCCGUAUCUCCGCUCGCGCACCUCACUGUGCCCCAGAUCCUAUCACUUGCACAGGAAGGCAUCGAUAAUCCAACUCGGUUCCCACGAUGCAAGGCUGAACUCGUUGCCUUCAUCGAAUCGAAUGUGCCCCCAGUUCGAUUGCGUGACAUUCACGCAGCCGCUGCAAACAUUCUUGCAGAGCGAGGCGCCGCCAAUUUGAGGAGCUUGAAACGCAAGCGCGAGGAACGUGAAGACCUGGCGCGGCAUGCCAGAAUGCGUGCAACGGAGAUUCAGGCACUUCCAGCAGGCAUUGGUGGCAGCAUUGAAAAAAAGGAUAUCUCCCAGUUCAUGGCCUUGCCAGACGAAGAUCGGCGCAGACUCUUGUACCGUCGAUUCUAUUUAGCGACGUCCAACAAAGGUGUAGCGACCAUGGUGUGCGCUGUGUGUGGUCGUGAGAUUGAUAUCAACGACAAGGAAGAAGCAACGCCACGACGACUUCAAACACUCCCUAAUCCACACUGUCUUGCACCUGCCAGUCCACACCCAGCGCACGACCUCUACCAUGGCAUGCUCCUUGAUCCGGCGGGCGUUCUGCAGCGUGGAGAAGAGGCAUUCGUGCACGUUUGCGCGCAUUGUUACUGCUCCCUGGUCGCCAACGACAACAGGCCACCAAAGUUUGCCCUUGCUAACAAUCUGUGGCUCGGUCCUGUCCCGUGGCAAUUGCAAAAGCUCACCUUUCCUGAACAACUCUUAAUCGCCCUUGUCUACCCUCGCGUGUUCGUUUUCAAGCUCCACCCUCGCGUUGGCGGUCGAGAUCCGACGAAGCUACAGCGUGGGAUGCGUGGCACAGUUAGCUCUUACGAGCUCGACACGGUGAAAUGCUGA